AUGCAUAAUGGAGUACUCCAAGCUUAUUACCGUGCACAGAGGAGUGCAGAUGAUCGCAAUGCUGCACGAACAACAAUGCGCCUCUUACAGAGUAUUAUUCGGCUUUCUCAAGCUCAUGCCCGCCUCAUGCUUCGAGAUGUUGUCACAGUUCAAGAUGCUGUUGUUGCUGUUGUUCUCAUGGAAUCAACAAUGGAGGGAGCUGCCUUACUGGGAGGUGUCAAUGCCCUUCAUGCUGCUUUCCCUGACAAUCCAGAAGAGGAACAUAAAAUCCAAGGUAAGAAUCAGAAUUUUUCUUUCCUUCAUUUGUUUCCGUUCCAUGUCCAUUUGGAAUUUUUUGUUUUGUUUUUCAUUGUCACCUACAAGGGGGUGCUGAAAAGAUCAUGGCUUUAGGUAAAAGAAAAUACAGGAGGAUGAGUUGAUUAUGAUUUCAUUUCACAUAUUCUCCUCUCAGAUUCACACAUUUGUUGAUGUGGUCCUUCAGUUUUUCUAAGCCUUGUAAAAGAACUCAGAAGUUUGGGCCUCCAACU